AGUAGAGCCCACUCGAGGUGAUACCGCCACCCAGCCAUACACGAAGGAGGAGGAGGAGAAGAUGACCGCUAUCCUGCAGGAGAGAAAAGAGAAGAAGGAGGCCAAGAAGAAGGCCUUGAAGGAGGAGCAAGCGGCCAAGUUGAAGAAAAUUGAGGGAGAGAUGACCAGGGAGAAAGAAAGAUUGAAAAAGGAAGAAGAGGAGAAAUGAGGGAGGUGGAAGAAGAAGAAGAAGAUGAAACGCCACUAGUAAGGAAUAGGAGGCAGUACAGUGGCAGUAAAGAUAAGGGGAUGGAGAAGCGGAUUUCAGAAUGGGUCGCCAACUUGUCCCUGGGUGAAGAGGAAGAGGUCGCUAUGUACAUCCCCAAGGAUGAGCAAGAAGCGUCCAUGAGAAGAUGGGAAGCAGAGGAAGAUGUUCUGGCACGGCGGGCGAUGGAGGAUGAACAGAGGAUGGCGUGGAAGCUCGCAAUGAUGAGGGAGAAGAAGAGAAGAGUGGAGGCGGCAAAUGCAGCAAUACAGGAGUUGGAGGAGGUGCAGAAGUUGAGGUUGCAACUAACACCCCAGGUAGAUCUCGAGCGGAAGGUGGAGAUCAUCGCCCAGAGUGUCGAGCGGUUGGCCAAAGUGCAGGAAAAGCACUAUGAGUUUAGACGCAGUCAGGAGAUAUCUGUGCGUUCGAUGCGAUCGGGGUUACAGGACUUUGCUCGCGAGUUAGUAGGUGCUGUGGGAACUGAGGUGAGUCACCGCCUCGAGAAGACUGAGCGUUUUUGCGUCGGCGCCAUUGAGGGCGUCAAGGUGGCAGCUCCCAAGGAGGAGGAGGCACGUCCACCUCGCAGGGAGCCGGUCAAAGUCAAAUUCCCUGAUUCCUACAGUGGAAAACGGGAAGAAAACUUUGACAAUUGGGAGGCCAAUGUCAGGAGCUACGUGCAUCUGCAACAGGUCCUAAUUGCGAUCCACGGGCUUAAGGAUGAGGCCGCGAGUUUUGCAAGGUCCCUUGUUCGUGCUGCCAACUAUAGUGAUGAUCCGGUAGCAUACUCCACAUUCACCCCCCUCGUUGAGUUCCAGAAAUUGCUGCGCGAGCGAUUUGCUGAUGUCGCUCGUAGCGUGGCCGAAGAAUUGAAGGAGAGGAUGCCCGCCUCGGCCAAGAUGAAGAAGGAGAAUAAAGGGCAGCUUAUAUUGCUAGAUACAGAGAUUUUUAGAAGUAGAGUAGGGGCCCUAGUAGAUUCAGGGGCCACCCGCAACUAUAUUAGUAAGAAAGCGCUGCAGAAGUUGAGGCUGGGACUUAAAGUCCAGAAACUGACAGACCCCAUAGUUAGUAUCCUCGUGGACAAUCGCACUAUGGUUGUAGAGGAUAACGUAGAGGGAGUUCAGGCAUAUUUCCGCCUAGAGAAAGAGGGGAAAGUGGAGAAGGUUCUCCACUCCCUGACUCUCCUCGUAGAAGACAGUCUCCCAUUUGAUAUUGUCUUGGGAAUGGAUUGGGGAGAGGCAGCCGGGGCGACGCUCCAUCUGAAGGAGCACGAGUGUAGGCUCCCUAGUUCCUCAGGCGAGGCUAAGACUGCCCGCCUGUUCCAUGUGUCAGGGGUAGAGAAUUCCUUGGCGCAUUGCUGCCUUAGUGCCCCCGCGUUCGCCAGAUUAGUGAAGAAGGAGAAAUUGGAUGAGCAGGUCUUUGUUGCCUAUGUGAGGCCACUGACUGAGCCUACGGAAGAAAAACCGAUGGACCCUGCGAUUGCCAAGCUGCUGAAAGAGUUCAAGGACCUAACUGAGCCGCCGAUAGGAGUGGUACCGCAGCCCAUCCAGCACCGUAUUGAGAUAGAGCCUGGCAGUAGGACUCCUAAGGGCGUCGUGUAUAGGAUGUCCCCGCGGGAGUUAGAGGAGCUUCGUAAGCAGUUAGACGAGCUCCUCGAGAAGGGUUGGAUUAGGCCCAGUUCUUCUCCUUUCGGAGCGCCUGUUCUCUUUGUUCCUAAGAAAGAGGGAGAGUUGAGAAUGUGCAUAGACUAUAGGGGUCAGAAUGCUAUUACAGUGAAGAAUGUUGAGCCACUGCCGAGGAUAGACGAUCUCUUAGAUCGAGUGCAGGGGGCCAAGUAUUUCUCUAAGGUAGAUUUAAAGUCUGGAUAUCAUCAAAUAGAGGUGCAUCCUGAUGAUCAGUAUAAGACAGCUUUCCGGACUAGGUACGGGCAUUAUAAGUUUAUAGUGAUGCCCUUUGGACUAACCAAUGCGCCAGCUACGUUUCAGCACUGUAUGAAUGAUUUGUUUAGGCCGUGGUUAGACAAAUUUGUCGUAGUUUACCUAGAUGACAUUCUUGUGUUUAGUAGGACCCUCGAAGAGCACCAGGGUCAUCUCAGGCAGGUCUUGGAGAAGCUGAGGAAAGCUAACUUCAAGAUCAAUGCAAAGAAGUGCGAUUGGGCGAAGACCCAAGUUUUGUAUUGAGGCCAUGUCUUAGACGGAGACGGCGUUAAGCCAGAGGAUAG